GUGGAGGCCCCCCGGGGUCCCCCCCAAGAAGUGAUGGCUUUAUAAGAGGGCCGGAGAGAGAGGGGAUGCAGAGCCCACCAUGGCCUCCAAGCUCAAGGAGCGGAGGAGGACGCCGGUUUCCCACAAAGUGAUUGAGAAGCGGAGGAGGGACCGCAUCAACCGCUGCCUCACCGAGCUGGGGAAGACGGUGCCCAUGGCUCUGGCCAAGCAGAGCUCGGGGAAGCUGGAGAAAGCGGAGAUCCUGGAGAUGACGGUGCAGUACUUGCGGGCCCUGCACUCGGCGGACUUUCCCCGCGGCCGGGAGAAGGCAGAGCUGCUGUCCGAGUUCGCCAAUUACUUCCACUACGGCUACCACGAGUGCAUGAAGAACCUGGUCCACUACCUGACGACGGUGGAGAGGAUGGAGACCAAAGACACCAAGUACGCCCGCAUCCUGGCCUUCCUCCAGUCCAAAGCACGCUUCGUUACUGAGCCUCUCUUCACGUCCCUGGGCUCCCUCCCGGAGCCGGACUUUUCCUAUCCGCUGCAUCCCGGGCCCGAGUGCCCCGGGCACGUCCACAGUCCCGCCGAGGGCGUGCUCCAGCCGCCCUCGGGGGGGCCAUUCCCCUGGCACGGCGCCGCCCGCAACCCCUCCCUGCCCUACCACUUGCCCAGCGCCGCCGUACCCCUCUCCAGCCCCGGCCAGCAGCGCAGCACUUUCCUCUCAUCCGUGCAGGGGCUGGACCGCCACUACCUCAACCUCCUCGGCCAUUCCCACCCCAACGCGUUCGGGCUGCCCCCGGGCCAGCACCCCUCCAUGCUAUAGAGACUCGUUCCGCCUGAAAAAACACCUAUUUAUGACCGCGGACACCGCGGGUUACCCCGG